UAAAAGUCCUUCCUCUAUUAGUAUUAAAAUCAGUGUAGCAGUUGUAUACUGACCGAUCCCUGCAGCGUCACCACUAUCUUUCGUCUGACUGAACUCUUUCGGUUUUACUGUCCUUCUUCCUGCCCUCACUUAGGACCAGGUAGCUCUAGGAGAGAUCUUUUUGUUGAUGGAAAGUCACAGUCAGGAUUUCUGAAGAUGGAAAAAGGAUACCCACCAGCGGAAUCAGCUCCACCAUACCCUGGACCACCUAUGAACUAUGGGGGCGCAGUACCUCAGCCAGCCAUGUACCCUCAGCCUGGCAGCUCAUCUGCGGGGCCUCCACUUGCUGGAUACCAAGGUGCUCCUUUUGCUCCAGUCCCGGUUGCACCCGUCACAGUCACUCACAUGGUAAUACCACCUGCACUGCAUGAUGUCCCAGGACAAGCUUUGUGUCCCGACUGCCAUCAGACUGUGGUCACCAGGACAGAGCACAAGGCAGGCCUGAUGACCUGGGCCAUUUGCGGCGGCCUCACCGUCUUUGGGUGUUUUCUUUGCUGCUGUAUCCCGUUCUGCAUUGAUUCCUGUAAAGAUGUGGAGCAUCACUGUCCGUCCUGCCAAAGAGUCAUCUACAUAUACAAGCGAAUGUGAAACUAUCCUGACUGUGAAUGGGGGAGAGGAAUCAGUACUUACAUACACAGUAGCUUAUUAAUAGUCGUACUUGCUCUCCAACAUUUUUUGAUGUGACGGGCUGGUCAUUUUGCAACUCUCUCCUUCUUAAUAUGAAUUAUAAUGAUAUAUGUGACGAGGCAUCAAACUGUAGGAAGUUAUAUUUAGCGAACAGGAAGGAAUAUUAUUAUCAUUAUUAGGAAGGAAUAUAAAGUAACAAAUAUGCAAAUUAAAACAAAAAAGCAAAAACAAACAAACAAAUAAAAACCAACCUUUUUCAGCUGCCUGCUGUAGUUAUGAGUUGAUCUUUUUUCUGCAGUGGUGAAUCCAGUUAGUUGCUGGAUGACUCACAUUUUCUGUAGCACUUUUUUAUGUAUCCUCUCUGCCCUGUCACUAUGCCUAAUAUUUUCUUAUUGCCUUGCCUCAUUGUGUUAAUUUUUUUGCAUUUUUUUAUUGUACUCAUUAAGUUUAUACUAUUCCUCUGUCAUUUUUUUUUAAUUUGAAAGAAAGGCAUUUGUUUAAUGUAGUGUUUUAUCCUCUUUCAGAAGAGAAUAAAUGAGACUGGGAGAUUACACCCAUGCUAGCAGGUCUGUGAGGCUGUACUUACUCACAAUGGUGCUUUGAGCUAAAUGCGUACAUUAGCAUGCUAACAUGCUCACAGUGAAAAUGCUAACAUGCUAACGUCAGGUAGACAUGUAGAAUGUUUACCAUGUUAACCAUCGUAGUUUAAUGUGUUAGAAUUUCCACCAAUGGUGGUUACUCCUGGUUCACACUUCUUGUGGAAUUAGCUCCUCUAGAAAGGGCCACAAAGCCCACAUUCAGCUGCAUCCUUAACUCCAGUAUGCCUUAAGCGCCCUGUUCUUAUGUCCGUGAAGAAAAUUUUUCCAUAAAAAUUACAUGACUCGCAGGGAACUCAAAAAAUGUAAUUUAGUUUGAAGAAAGCAUAAAAAGCAUAAAAAAAUACUGACAUAAGAUAAAGAAAAAGAAAAAAAGAGAAGAAGAAAAAGAGCGGCAGAGAGAAGAGAGUGAGAGAAAAAAAAGGUGUUUCCAGAGCGAGUAUGAGUAAACAUAUCUCACUAUGGUGCCAUUGUCACUUGGUGUAUGGUUCUGCUGUUUAACACAUUGCUGCUUUGCAAUCAAUAAUAAAAAUCAUAAAGUAUUAUAUUCUAA